AUGUCGUUCUUUGGCUUCGAUACGGCGCUGCCCGGCGACGAACGCUUCGGCAAACGUGUCAACCGCCCCUCGCACCAGAAUGCAUUCGACCCUACCUUCGACAAUGACGACACUCUCGAUGCCAAGAUCCAGGCGCUCGCCGCUGGAGCCCAGGAGGAUGUAGAGAUCUACACCUGGGGCGGCGACGGCUACGAUGGUCUGGGCGACAAGCUCGACGAGUCCGGAGACGACUUCAACGCCGAUACCUUUGGCGACUUUGACGCCGGAAACGACUUUGACUUUGGACAUGCCGCUCCUGCCCCUGCUCCUCAGCAGAACAACUACAACCAGUACUCGCAGCCACAGCAGCCCAAGAGCAAAUUCGAUCCUUCCAACAAGUUUGCUGCUAGUCUCGAUGAUUUCCUCGUCGAUCCUGUUCCACGCUUUGGUGCACCUCGUGGUGCUCAGCAGCAGCAACAGCAGCCUCCACAGCAGCAGCAGCCUCGAGGUCAAGCCAAGACGCUCGAGGAAGUGGAAGCAGAGAUGCUCGCUAUGCGAUCCAAGCAACAGCAGCAGCCACCACCGCAACAGCACCAGCAGCCGCCUCAGCAACCUCCCACCGACAGGAAGCCCAUGACCGUCGAAGAGGUCGAAGCCGAGCUCCGCGCUCGUCGUGCGGCCGGCGCUUCCCCUGCUCAGCCUCAGCAGCCUCAGCAGCCCACUGGACCUCCCUCCUUCGCCGCAAUCAUGCAGUCUCAGCAAGAGCAGCGCGCUCAGGCCGGCCCUCCCCAGAACCAGCCACCUCCUCCCCCUCCCGGCGCUGGCAACGGCAUGCCUCCCAUGGGUCCCGGUGCCAUCCCGCCGCCUCUCGGCCCCAACGUCGACCCUGCCGCCCUCCAAGCCGCACAGCAGCAAGCCCAAGCCGCCCACUUCGCCCGCAUGCGCGCUCUCCUCGAAGCCAUGCCACCCCUCGUCCAACAAUCCAUCCUCUCCCUUCCACCACCCAUGCAAUUCGACUCGCUCGAAACCGUCGCGCAGAACUUCCCCAACCUGCUCGACCCGUCCCAACGCGAACGCGCCCCCACCGCCGAGCAGGACGCCGUGCGCUUCAUGAUGGAAAAGGCCCAGGCGCAGAUGGCCGAGUUCGACCGCGUCGAGGCCAAACGCAAGCGUCGUACGGACAAGAUCAACGCCAUGGCCAAGUACAACGGCCUCAUGAGCGGUUCGGAUAAGGAUUUCAUUACGAGGAUCCAGAUUUCGCAGCUCAUCACGGCGGAUCCGUAUGCGGAUGAUUUUUAUGCGCAUAUCUUCUUUGCUCUGCGUGGGGGACCGCCGAGGCCGGGGAUGGCGCCGAUGCCGCCUGCGACGGCGACGGGGAAUGGAAACCAGAAGCAAGGUGGGAAGGGUAAACAGAAGCUCAAUAAGCAGCAGAAUGCUAUGCUGCGGAUGCAGCAGCAGGUCGAGCGGAUCGUGCAGAGUCGUAAGGAUCGGAUGGAGAAGAGUGCCUCUGGUGCCGCGCUCGAGGGUGCUCUGGGCAGGGUCAGUCUCAAUUCGGCCAAGAACCCGAGGCAGAUGCUGCAGAUCUCGGCAGACGCGGCGAAGGCCAACAGGGAGAAGAACGGUGGUGACUCGACUCCUGAUGCGGGUCAUGCGAGGGAUGCGGUGCGACAGGCGCUCGAAGGGGCCUCUCUUGGUGGCAAUGGCAAUGCCGACCUCCGUCGCGAUCCGCUCACCAAGCAUGAGGUGCUGCGCAUCCUCGAGAAGCUGUACGACCUUGUGCUGCAGCUCGAGCAGCUGCGUCGCAAUGCGCCGCCUGCGCCACCGGCCGAUGUCAACCCCACCGACGACGCUGCGGCUGCUGCUAAGGAUGCAUUUGAUGCACACCAGGCGGAUCAAGCUGCAGUCACGUCUACGCUCUGGACCGAGCUGCGCGUGCUUGAGCCGCUGGAGAUCUCGGACCCGCAUCCCUUCGUCUCGCUUCUCUCCUCUGCGAAGGGCAAGCGUCUGCUCCCGCGCGCACUGCGUCAUCUCUCCUCCGAGCAGACGCUCACAGCGCUCACCAUGGUGGUAGCGUCAUUCGAGUCGCUCGACGUGGUUCGCAACGGACCGUUGCUCGAUGAUCUCUCGGACGACCCAUCGCGCGUCGAUGCGCGUCGGGAUGCCGAACGUCAAUCCGAGACGUUCGCGACGACGAUUGUGCCGAGCAUGAUGCAGAUGGCCUCCACCGCGCCGAUGCGUAUCGUGUCUGGAAUGCUGGCGCUGUUCGUGGAGCGAAACGAUCCGGUGCGCGUGACGCAGACGCGUCCCGGUGUGGCGUUCCUCACCAUCUUCUUGAGCCGCGCAGAGACGCUGCGUCAGCAAGGCGAUGUGCCCGCGGAAGAGCUGGAGCAGUUCAAGCAGAUCUUUGCUCUGCUCUUCUCGCGACUUACGGCAGGAGGCAAGCUGCCGACGCUGUUCCCCUCAACGAGGACCAAGCAGAGUCUCCCCUUCGGCGUGUCGUACUACAUGGGCAGCGGGCUGGGUCAGCAGUUGAGCGCCCAAACCGUAGGAGGCAAGUAUAGGAACGUCGACCUGGAAGACGAGCCGACCUGGAACCUUAUGGCUGCCCUUGCGAUUGGGAGCACCAUGGAACAGCAGCAGGUGCUCGUCCAGGAACUCAGGGAGAAGAUCCUCGAGAACGUCAUCUCGGCCAAGGAGUGGCAGAAGAGGAACCCCGGUAUGGUGCAGGACGAGUUCAACCCGGAUAUUCGGAUCAGGAACGUCAAUCUGCUGCUCCACGCGCUUAACUUGGAUGCUGCCCAGAUCAGCGUCUAA